ACGAGAGCCGCCGUCUAAGGAAAAGAAAACCAAAGACGCCGUCUUCGAAGUUGGGUCUUUCCUUUUGUCGAUGACUUGUCCUUCACAAAUAAAAAAUAAAGCAAAACCCCCUCCGCAAUUCUAGUGAUGUUCCUUGCAAGCUAUUCCUUCACCCCCUCCUCGCUUCGACUCCCACGAAUCCCUUCUCUAUAAACUCACCAACCUACCAUUUGAUCGUCGUGAUCACCUCCCAGUUUGAGAAGGAGGUACAGGGAAGAAACAGAAAGAAGAGACCGGUGCUGUCGGGACAAAGAUGGAAGAUAUGGAAGCCCAUCAUCAUGAAGAAGAGCAGCAGCCUCUCCUGGCUUCCAAGCCAUCGGAUGAGGACAGGACGACCAUGGUGCAGCAGGCCAUAAGCCAGACGUUUAAGAGCGUCGCCCAUCUCGCCAACCACCUCCCAACCGGCACGGUCCUCGCCUUCCAAGUCCUGUCCCCCAUCCUCACCAACUUAGGCCGCUGCACCGAUGCGAACCGAACCAUGACCGCGUGCCUCGUGGUCCUCUGCGGACUGUCAUGCUUCGUCCUAAGCUUCACCGACAGUUUCCAGGACAAGACCGGGAAAAUAAGGUAUGGACUCGCCACCUUCGGGGGCAUGUGGAUCAUCGACGGCGCUAAGCCUCUCCCUCCAGAGAUAGCGGCCAACUACAGCGUAAAGUUCGUAGACUUUGUCCACGCUUUCAUGUCGGUGUUGAUCUUCGCGGCGGUGGCCUUGUUUGAUAAGAACGUAGUGUCGUGCUUCUACCCUGUCCCGUCGGAGGAUAUGGAGCAGGUGCUCACUGCAUUGCCGGUUGCGAUCGGAGUGUUUGGCAGUGCAGUGUUUGUUACUUUCCCUACGACUCGCCAUGGAAUUGGCUUCCCAGUUUCCCCUCGUUGAUGCUUCAAUCUGCGUGCGUGGAUGCUUGCUCCCCGUGUAGUUCUACUGAAACAGUCAAUAUAUAUGGUCUUCAUGUUGAAACAGUAAAUGGGAUUGGCAGUGUUUUAAUUUUUUCAUAAGAUAAAGAGUUGAAUUUAAUACUUUGGCAGCUCCGUUGAUACCGCAAGAGUUAAGAAACGGUGGUUUCUUGCGGCAACAAGCAAGUUGCCUUCGACGCAUUCUUUUCUUGUGUAUAUGGAAAUCGUCCUCGAAUGCUCUACCGAAAAUAGUGAUGUGCUUCUUGUUAUAAUUGGGUAGAUAUAGACAGUGAUGGUCGUGUUCCUUUGAA